AUGACCUCUUACCCCCCUACUGGUCUGGCCCCCACUGUUGAGCACCUCCCUGAAUGGAUCAAGCUCGGUCUCGGUGACAAGGAGUACAUUUGUGAAGAAAAGAAGGUAACGUUCGAUCCAGAGAAUCUUCCCGAUAACCUGCCUGAUCUCUUCAAGCACAGCAGCUAUAUGGCAGAGUUGCUGACCGAGAAGCCCAAACUCUACGACAAGCUCAAGAGCAAGAUUACUAAGAACGGUGUUAAUCUCGGCAAAUGUAUCAAAACCGGUGUCGAUAACCCCGGCCAUCCGUCGAUCAAGACUGUCGGCCUCGUCGCGGGAGAUGAGGAGAGCUACGAAGUUUUCAAGGAGCUCUUUGACCCUGUGAUUGAUCGUCGUCAUGGUGGAUUCCCCGCAAAUGCCACCCACAUCACCGAUCUCGACUUCACCAAGGUUUCGGAUACCCCCAUUGACCCCACCAGCAAAUACGUCAUUUCCACACGCGUCCGUACUGGACGUUCAGUCCGGGGGAUCCGUCUCCCUCCGAGUGUGACCUUCGACGAGAGACGUGAGCUCGAGCGCAUCAUCGUGAAGAGUCUCCUGAAUCUCAAGGGUGAGCUCAAGGGUGACUACUAUCCUCUUCAUGGGUCCAAGAGCUACGGGCCCAAGCCCGGGGGCAUGACUCAGGAGCAGGAGGAGGACAUGCGCGAGAAGCACUUCCUCUUCCAGGAGCCUGAUUCCACUCUGCUCCUGUCGAGUGGAAUGGGCCGCCACUGGCCUGAUGCCCGCGGCAUCUUUCACAAUGACGAGAAAAAUUUCCUCGUGUGGGUUAACGAGGAGGAUCACAUGAGGAUCAUCUCCAUGGAAAAAGGCGCCGACAUCAAAAGGAUCUUCAAACGCUUCUGUAUCGCCGUAAAUUGUGUUCAAAAUGUGUUAAAGAGUGAAGGCUACGACUUCAUGCACAACGACCAUCUGGGUUUUAUCCUUACCUGCCCUAGCAACUUGGGCACUGGUCUUCGAGCUUCGGCAAUGAUGAAACUCCCACUGCUUUCCGCUAGACCCGACUUCAAGGAGAUCUGCAAGAGGUUGGGCCUACAAGCCCGGGGGGACUCCGGCGUCGACUCUGUCUCUGUCGGGGGCAUCUACGACAUUUCCAACGAGGAUAGGAUUGGCAAGAGCGAAGUGCAGUUGGUGAACAUCAUGGUGGAGGGAUGCGAAAAAUUGGUUAAACUAGAGCAGGCUCUAGAGAACGGCGAUGAGAUUGACGAUCAGCUACCGUGA